AUGGCGGAUCCGAGCGUGACGGGCGAUCCGAAGGAGUUUCAAAAGCUGAGCAAGGCGCUCGGGGAGCUGACGAGCGUGGUGGAGCAGUACGCGCGGUACAAGGAGUGCAUGAAAGAGAUUAGCGAGGCGCGCGCGAUGGCGAAGGAUGCGGCUGGGGAUGAUGAGAUGGUGGCGAUGGCGAAGGAAGAGAUCGAUGCGCUGACGACGGAGAGUGAUGCGCUGGUGGAGACCAUGACGUUGGCGCUGCUGCCGAAGGACCCGCUCGACGAGAAGAACAUCAUGCUCGAGAUUCGCGCCGGUACUGGCGGGGAUGAGGCUGGUAUUUGGGCUGGGGAUUUAUAUCGAAUGUAUAUGCGAUUCGCCGAGCGCGAGGGAUGGCAAACGUCGGUCGUGACGAACAACCCGGCGGACGCCGGCGGGUAUAAGGAAAUCGUCGUGGAGAUAAAGGGCGACGACGUGUACAGCAGUCUCAAGUGGGAAGCCGGUGUGCAUCGCGUGCAGCGCGUGCCGGCGACGGAAACUCAAGGACGCAUUCAAACUUCCACGGCCACGGUCGCGGUGAUGCCUGAAGUCGACGAAGUCGAGGUGAAGAUUGACGACAAUGACCUCGAUAUUUCCACCGCCAGAAGCGGCGGUGCGGGUGGGCAAAACGUCAACAAAGUCGAAACCGCUAUCGACCUGAUGCACAAGCCGACCGGCAUUCGCGUGUUCUGCACGGAAGAACGUACACAAAUGAAGAAUCGCAUUCGUGCCAUGCAAAUUCUUCGCGCGAAAUUAUUUGAGUUGCAGCUCGAAGAGCAGCGCAAAGCGGUAUCGGACAAGCGUAAAUCGCAAGUCGGCUCGGGGUCUCGGUCGGAAAAAAUUAGAACGUACAACUGGAAAGAUAGCCGCGUGUCGGACCAUCGCAUCGGCGCUAACUUCUCUCUUCAAAAUUUCUUAGACGGCGACAUCAAGGGUGCGAUCGGGGGCAUGCAGGCUUUGGAACAAGAAGAAAAGCUUGCUGAAUUGAACGCAGAAAUGUCGGGGAAGUGA